AUGGUUUCUUGUAAUGAAAAAAAAGAUGUACCAACUUUGGUAAAAGCUGCUCCAAAAGUUCAACAUAAUGAAACACUUCCAAUAAUUGUCAAAAAGUCUUCAUUACCCUAUACUUCUCUUUUAGUAUUGGCUUUCUCUGGAUUUGACUAUGAAAAAAGUUUACUAGUUCUUGAUGAAAACAACAAAGAUCAAACAGGAAUUUUUGUUGGUGGACAAUGGUAUAGUGAAGAUGUUGAAAUUGCCAAAUUUAUCGCAAGAAACAGCAAUAAACGUGCUUUACUUCUUGGUAAUAAUUUUAAUGAUUCUCAACUUAUUGAAAAUGUUCUUUCUGCUUGUUUAUUAAAAACAGCAAUACCAGAUUCUGUUUCACAAAGUCUUGCUAGUAGUUCUAGUUCAACAGUUAUCCCAAAAAAGACAACAUUAGCUGAUCUUGCUUUGUUUGUAAGAUUAGUUGAAGACAAAAAACUCAUGGAACAAACUCAUUUUAAAAAUUUGUAUAACAAGAUUCUUGGUGACAAAACUUUUGAAAAUGUUCAUAAAUUUGUUGGAAAAGUUGAUCCUUCAAAGGUAGAAAAAAUUGAGACUAAACCUAAAGAGAAAACAAAGGAUAAGGGAAAGUUUGUUGAAUUACCUGGAGCUGAAAAAGGUAAAGUUGUCGUUAGAUUUCCACCUGAGGCAUCAGGUUAUCUUCAUAUUGGACAUGCUAAAGCUGCUCUUUUAAAUCAGUACUAUCAACAAGAAUUUGAAGGUCAACUUAUAAUGAGAUUUGAUGAUACUAAUCCAGCUAAAGAAAAUGCUCAUUUUGAAGAAGUAAUCAAAGGUGAUUUAGAAAUAUUGAAAAUCAAACCUGAUAGAUGGACACAUUCAAGUGAUCACUUUGAUUUACUUUUGGAGCUCUGUGAGAAAUGUAUUAAAGAAGGAAAAGCUUUUGUUGAUGAUACCGAUGCGGAGACUAUGAAGAAUGAGCGUGAAGCAAGACAGGAGUCUAAGAAUAGAAAUAAUUCAGUUGAGAAAAAUCUCCAGAUGUGGGAAGAAAUGAAGAAAGGAUCAGAAGAAGGUAUUAAAUGUUGUGUUAGAAUGAAAAUUGAUAUGAAUUCAAAUAAUGGAGCAAUGCGUGAUCCUACUAUUUACCGUUGUAAACCAGAACCACACAUUAGAACUGGUAACAAGUACAAAGUUUAUCCUACAUAUGACUUCACCUGCCCAGUUGUUGAUUCUGUUGAAGGUGUAACUCAUGCUUUAAGAACAACUGAAUAUCAUGAUCGUGAUGAUCAAUAUUACUAUAUUUGUGAUGCUUUAGGAAUAAGAAAACCAUAUAUUUGGGAUUAUGCAAGAUUAAACAUGACACAUACAAUGAUGUCUAAAAGAAAAUUAACUUGGAUGGUUGAUGAAGGAAUAGCUGAUGGAUGGAAUGAUCCUAGAUUACCUACAGUUAGAGGAAUAAUGAGAAGAGGUCUUACUGUUGAAGGUUUAAAAAAUUUCAUUGUAGCUCAGGGUGGAAGUCGAUCUGUUGUAACAAUGGAAUGGGAUAAAAUUUGGGCAUUUAAUAAGAAAGUAAUAGAUCCAAUUGCUCCAAGAUACACCGGACUUGUAAAGGAAAACUUAGUUACUGUUAAUGUCUUAAAUCAAACUGAAGAAAUUAGUAAAGAAAUUGAUCUUCAUCCAAAGAAUCCAAGUGUUGGAAAGAAAAAAGUUAAUUAUUGUCAAAAAGUAUACUUAGAACAAGAAGAUGCUAAAGCAUUAAAAGAAGGAGACGUUGUAACCUUUGUAAAUUGGGGCAACAUGAAUGUUAAGAAAAUCGUCAAAAAUGGCGAUGUUAUUACAGAGAUGUCUGUUGAAUAUGAUCCAAAUAAUACUGAUUUCAAGAAAACAUUGAAAUUUACAUGGCUUUCGGAAUCUAAGAAUGAAAAAUUAGUUAAUUUAAUUUGUAAUGAAUAUGAUUAUUUAAUUUCAAAACCUAUUGUUGGUAAAGAUGAAGAUUGGAAAGACUUUAUCAAUAGAAAUAGUCAUAAAAUUAUUGAAAUGGUUGGAGAAGAAUCAUUGAAAACAUUGAAGAAAGGAGAUAUAAUUCAAAUUCAAAGAAAGUCUUUCUAUAUUUGCGAUGAAGAUUAUGAUAAGAAAGACAAUAUCUUAAAACUUAUUGCAAUUCCAGAUGGUUCAUCAAGUAAAAAUUAA